AUGAGGAAUAUAUACGCUUUUGCCCUGCUGCUUAUUGCAGUUUUUGCAAGCACCACCAGCGGUGCCAGCGUUUCCGACCUUCUGUGUCGCAACAAGGCCAACGGCAUUCGGGCUCUGGUACCCGGCAGUUGCUCCAGGUUCUAUGAGUGCCAAAAUGGCGUUGCCAAGGAAUACUCCUGUCCCAAGUUCUACGACUUCAAGAUCCGCAGCUGCGUAACCUAUAAUCCUGGUUGUGUCGAGGGCGUUAUCGUUGAGCCAGAGGUCCAUCAAUCGGUCCGUGACACGGCCCAACCGUGCAAUGGAGCGACAACCACUCCACCGCCUUGUACCAAGACCACUACACAAACUCCGUGCUCAGGACUAACUACAACUCCUACGGCUACACCAGCUUCAACAACAACAACAUGUGCUCCAACAACAACCACAACCACAACUACUACAACGACAACGACAACCACAACUACUACAACGACAACAACCACUACAACAACUUGUGCCCCUACGACAACCACAACUACUACAACCACAACCACCACAACUACUACAACCACAACCACCACAACCACUACAACAACGACUUGUGCCCCAACGACAACCACAACUACUACAACCACCACAACUACUACAACGACAACAACCACUACAACAACGACUUGUGCCCCAACGACAACCACAACUACAACGACCACCACAACUACAACGACCACCACAACUACAACGACCACCACAACUACUACAACCACAACCACCACAACUACUACAACUACAACAACGACUUGUGCCCCAACGACAACCACAACUACUACAACCACAACCACCACUACAACUACUACAACUACAACCACUACCACUACAACGACAACAACUUGCGCCCCUACAACGACGACAACAACAACGACGACCACAGCAACGACAACCACAACUACUACGACCACCACAACUACUACAACGACAACAACCACUACAACAACGACUUGUGCCCCAACGACAACCACAACUACAACAACCACCACAACUACUACAACCACAACUACUACGACCACCACAACUACUACAACGACAACAACCACUACAACAACGACUUGUGCCCCAACGACAACCACAACUACAACAACCACCACAACUACUACAACCACAACCACCACUACAACUACAACCACUACAACGACAACAACUUGCGCCCCUACAACGACGACAACAACAACGACGACCACAACAACGACAACCGCAACUACUACGACCACCACAACUACUACAACGACAACAACCACCACAACAACGACUUGUGCCCCAACGACAACCACAACUACAACAACCACCACAACUACUACAACCACAACCACCACAACUACUACAACGACAACAACCACUACAACAACGACUUGUGCCCCAACGACAACCACAACUACAACAACCACCACAACUACUACAACCACAACCACCACAACUACUACAACCACUACAACAACGACUUGUGCCCCAACGACAACGACAACCACAACUACUACAACCACAACCACCACUACAACGACAACAACUUGCGCCCCUACAACAACGACAACCACAACUACUACGACCACCACAACUACUACAACGACAACAACCACUACAACAACCACUACAACAACGACUUGUGCCCCAACGACAACCACAACUACAACAACCACCACAACAACUACAACCACCACAACUACUACAACUACAACCACUACAACAACGACUUGUGCCCCAACGACAACCACAACUACAACAACCACUACAACUACAACAACCACUACAACUACAACCACUACCACUACAACGACAACAACUUGCGCCCCUACAACGACGACCACAACAACGACAACCACAACUACCACGACCACCACAACUUGUACAACUACCACAACUACAACCACUACCACUACCACUACGACGACAACAACUUGCGCCCCUACAACGACGACCACAACAACGACAACCACAACUACUACAACCACAACCACCACAACUUGUACAACUACAACCACUACAACAACAACCACUACGACGACAACAACUUGCGCCCCUACAAAAACGACGACAACAACUUGCAUCCCUGAAACGACAACAACAACAUGCCCAGAAGCCGCUACGACCACCACCACUUGCCCUGGCGUGACAACAACUGUCUGCCCCACUGUGGUAAAGGCGAUGGCUGCUAGCCAGUCGAAGCGUAAUCCUGUCCGCCAGAACCCCGUCCAAAAGCUACUUUGGGAAGUAGCCGAAUGGGCCGGUUUGUCGUCCGCUAGUUCGGAAGGUAAGAUAAAGGUUUUAUGCUUGGGAAAACCCGACGGAUUCCUGAUGGCAUCUCCUGAGCGGUGCAACGACUACUAUAUCUGUCGUCACCAGCGCGCCCUGAAGGUCAGCUGUGGUGACAGGUAUUUCAACGGAAUGAAGGGCAUCUGCGAUCUCCCCGAAAACACCAGCUGUGUUCAGUCUUAA